AACUUUUAAAAACUUUCAGGUGUGAGUGUGUGAGAUCCGUCUGAACCGAAACUUUAACAAGGAUGAAACCGAUGAAGGACUCGCAUGACAAGAGCUCAAAAAAACACAGCAGCAGAGAGCAGAAGUGCACAUCUUCAUCUAAAGUGAAGCAGAACGGCGCUCACAGCUCAAAGAACAGAUGAAACCUUCAGAUUUCACAUCAAUAGACGAAUCUCUGCAGGUGUCUGUGGAUAUCAGCAGUAAAGUGAAGCAUAAAUCGGGAGACAUGGAUGAGAUGGAUGUGAAUGUUACAGCAGGUCCUGUUGAAAGACCUCUGAUGAAUGUGAUUUCUUGUGUCCAUCAUUCUGAGAAGAUCAACAAACACAAGUCACGAUCAAAAAGCAGCAAAGAACGUCACAAUGAGAAAGUGCGGCAGGACAGAACAGCAGAUGUGAAAGUGUGUGAUCCUGAGACACAAACAGCAGAUUCACAUCAGAUCAAGACAGAAGAUCAUGACGGCCGUGAUUCAGCGGCUGACCGGCAGGCCAGUCCACCUGUCAAGAUAAAGAUGAAGAAAGUCAAAGAUGAGAAGACUGAUGAGAAACCCGACACGGCAGAUAAGAAUCACAGUGCCAGAAAGAAAAGAAAGAGUGAAAGUUCUGAACAUGACAAACCAGAGAAAAAAACGAAGAAGAUGAAGACAAACGAGGAGAAGAAGAAAGAGAAAACGAAGGAGAAGAAAGAUGAAGGGACAGAGAAAUGGAAGUGGUGGGAGGAAGGCAAAUCUUCAGACACUCAGAAAUGGACGAGUCUUGAACAUAAAGGACCGUAUUUUCCUCCAGAGUACGAGCCGCUGCCCAGUAACGUCUCAUUUUAUUAUGAUGGAAAACCUCUGAAACUCAGUCCACAAACAGAGGAGAUCGCCACUUUCUACGGCAAGAUGCUGGAACACGAAUACACGACUAAAGAUGCGUUUCAGAAGAACUUCUUCAAUGACUGGAGAGAGGAGAUGACUAAGGAGGAGAGGAAGGUGAUAAAGUCGCUCUCCAAGUGUGACUUUACAGAAAUGCACAAAUAUUUUGUGGAGAAGUCCGAGGAGAGGAAGAACAUGAGUAAAGAAGAGAAGCAGGUUCUGAAAGAGGAGGCCAGUCGUGUGGUGGAGGAGUACGGGUUCUGUCUGCUGGACGGACACCGCGAGAAGAUCGGAAACUUUAAGCUGGAGCCUCCGGGUCUGUUCCGCGGGCGAGGAGAACACCCGAAGAUGGGCAAACUGAAGAAACGCCUCCAGCCAGAGGACGUCGUCAUCAACUGCAGCGCAGACUCAAAGAUCCCAGAGCCUCCUAAAGGACACAAGUGGAAGCGUGUUCAGCAUGAAAACACAGUCACGUGGCUGGUGUCCUGGGUGGAGAACAUUCACGGAAGACCCAAAUACAUCAUGCUAAACCCCAGCUCUAAACUCAAGGGAGAGAAGGACUGGCAGAAGUAUGAAACGGCCCGUAAGCUGAAGAUGAGUGUGAACUCAAUCAGGAAAGAGUACAGACGUGACUGGACCUCCAGAGAGAUGAAGACCAGGCAGAGAGGAGUCGCUCUCUACUUCAUUGAUAAGCUGGCCCUGCGAGCGGGGAAUGAGAAGGAUGAUGAGUCUGCUGAUACGGUGGGCUGUUGUUCUCUGCGUGUUGAACACAUCUCUCUUCACAAACGCAUCGAUGGACAAGAGUUUGUCGUGGAGUUUGACUUUCUGGGCAAAGACUCCAUCAGAUACUACAACAAAGUUCCAGUAGAGAAACGGGUUUUCAAGAACCUGAAGCGGUUCAUGGAACACAAAGAUCCAGAGGAUGAUUUAUUUGACAGAAUUACAACGGUCUACCUCAACAAAACCCUGAACGAAUCAAUGCCAGGACUCACAGCCAAAGUGUUUCGAACCUUCAACGCCUCCACCACGCUGCAGGAUCAGCUGAGGAAACUGACCACAGAGGACAUGACGCUGGAGGAGAAGAUGCUGUCGUACAACCGAGCGAACAGAGCCGUCGCUAUUCUCUGUAACCACCAGAGGGCAGCACCUAAAACCUUUGAGAAAUCAAUGCAGCUGCUGCAGGAGAAGAUCAAGAAGAAAAAGGAACAAAUUGAAGAAGCCAGAAAAGAGUUGAAGGAAGCCAAGCGCGCACAUAAAGAAACUCCCAGCGACAAAUCCAGCAAGCUGGUUGAGAAGAAAGAGAAGAAGGUUCAGAAAUUAUGUGAGCAGUUGAAGAAGCUUCAGUUGCAGGAAACGGAUCGCGAGGAGAACAAAGUGAUUGCUUUGGGCACGUCCAAACUCAACUACCUGGACCCUCGCAUCACUGUCGCCUGGUGUAAGAAAUAUCAGGUGCCUAUCGAGAAGAUCUACAAUAAAACUCAGAGGGAUAAGUUUGCUUGGGCUAUUGACAUGACCGAUGAGAACUUCCAAUUCUGACAUCAUCGUCAUCAUCACAGCGACACAAACUCAUCUGACGUAAACAGUUCAACUUGCCUUGCUAAUCUAUUCUAUCAUUAUUUGUGGUGUUUUGUUUUGAGUUUUUCUGUUGUGUGAAAUGUAAAAAGGAUCUAUUAAAUUCUACAGUAAAAUCACACCACCUCUCUCUGUGGCU